UUUAUAAAGUAAUGACAUCUUCACUGUCGCAAAUUCCUGCAGAGUGGAGAGUCGUGAUCGCGAUCGCGCUGUCUAUUAAUAAUCGCGCGGUCGGUGCACGGUAGGUGCAAAUCAACGCCUCAAAAUACCAGUGAAAAGCUCUGGCGACGCUGUCAAAAUAUCACUACUUGCCAAGGUCGGGAUUGAAGAGGCCCCUUCGUUCUAUAACGAGUUGAAUGACAUCGGGGGAGAGUGCAUACUUGCUAUCAGGCAUCAGUAACCUUCGGUGGAAUAUUCUAAUCACUACUAAACGAUUAAAAUAAGGUUUUCUAAGAAUAAUUAUCAAAAUUCAAAAUGGAAGCGAUGGAUGAAGAGUCCACAUCAAAUUUACACGCUGCUUCAUCAUCAGCAGCAAAGUCCAGCAUCGUAAAGCAAUGGCUUGAGAAAAUGUCCACCAAUGACCUGACGACGGAAACAUUUCGUGAGUACUGGCGACGUAUGGUUCCUCGAAUAUACACACCAGCACUAAACGAGUCCUGUCUCAACUGGAACUUCAAUGAUGAGGAGAGUAAUCGCGUUUUGUUUACCCCGCUGGAGGAGUUUAUCAAUAAUGGCGAAUCGGCAGCUAUAACGGGAGUCAACAGCCCAGAGAAACCUUCCUCUGUCUGUGGUAAGGUCUUUAAAUUCGGCGAACCGACAUAUAUGUGUCGUGAGUGCGGCGUCGAUAUGACUUGCGUACUCUGCGUCGACUGCUUCAAGAAGUCCGAGCAUCGCUUUCAUAAGUACAAGAUGGGUGCGUCCAAUGGUGGCGGAUGCUGCGACUGCGGCGAUGUGGAAGCAUGGAAAAAAGCGCCUUUCUGUGAUAUACAUAUUAAAGGUGCCCAAGCCGAUGAAUUCUCGAAUCUUACCCCUGACCUGGCAGCAAGAACGAGGGUUGUCUUCGAUGCGGUAUUAUCGUAUGCUUAUAAUCUGUUAACACUUGAAAAUCACAGCGCGUUGAAGCUGAAGGAUCCCGACGAUGAGCUCUUCGAAAGCGACACUUUCUGCACUGUCCUGUACAACGAUGAAGUGCACACCUUUGAGGCAGUAAUACAAACCAUCAGCAGGGUAAUUAAAUGCUCGCAGAAGCACGCUAUAGAAUAUGUCACGAAUAUAGAUCGCGAAGGGCGCGCAGUUGUUAAAUGUUCAAACUUUCAACACUGCACCGAACUCCAAAGUGAGAUUGAAAAGAUUACGUCUCGUCAUGGCAAUAAACCGCUGAUUGCAUUAGUUGUGCAUUCGCAUAUUGUGGCGCAUCAGAUUUUUGCCAUGAAGUUGCUCUCUUGGUUGCAGAAGUUUUUAGGCAAUGGGGAGGGUUUCAGAAAGAUUUUUGCCGAGGUCGGACUGAAGCCCCAGCCAAAUGAUGAACCUUCAAUUAUAAGAGGAAUUUUAGUAAAGGACACGAAGCUGUGGAAAAGCGCUCGAACCCAUUGGCAUCGACUACUCAUCUCUGGUAUGCUACUUGAAUACGAAAAUAAAAAAGCUCUCGCGAAAAUCUUUACGAAAAACUACGGUAGUUUAAUGAAGGACUUCAUCAAGGACGAUCACGAUCACACCUUUUCUGUAUCAUCGCUAUCUGUGCAAUUGUUCACAGUGCCUACGCUAGCGCAUCAUUUAAUAGCAAAUGAUGAUGUUUUAUUUAUAUUGCUGAACACGUUCCUUUCCGAAUGCGCAUAUAAAUGCAAUGCUCAACGAAAGCUUGAGUUUGAACGUAACAGUCCCACAAUGCAAGGUCUCAAGCGGGCGCACUACAUUUUAUAUGAUCUACGGUAUCUACUCAGCGUCGUUCCCGAUGAAUGGACUGAUGAUUUACGCAGAAGUUUCCUACAGGGUUUCUCCUUGUUUCUUAACCUACUAUCAAUGAUGCAAGGAAUGGAUGCUACGACAAGGCAAGUCGGUCAACACAUGGAAUACGAACCGGAGUGGGAACCAGCGUUUAACUUGCACAUCAAGUUAGCUUUCUGUAUUUCUCUGAUUUUGAAAUGGUGCGGCACUGAUAAGGUGGUGUUGGUAAAGGCGUACAGAGCUACAUUAAGCAGUCUGUAUAAUGACUUGGUUGAUAAUGUUAACUACGAUGUCAAUGAUCAAGGAGAGAUACGCGAAUUAAAAAAUUACAGUAUUCUAUGCCUGCAGUAUGAUGUGUCAACGAAACCAGUGUCUAUUCAUCUACCACUAUCGAGAAUGCUGGCCGGGUUACAUUUACACCUCGAAAAAUAUGGGUUGAGUUUUGAUGGUACUGAAUUUCAGUGUAAGAAACCCACUCCUGUGCAGAUUAUUGAACCUGUGUUGCGGACUCAGGUGAUGAUUGCGCAAGUUCACGCGGGCAUGUGGAGACGUAAUGGUUACGCGUUAUUAAAUCAACUCUUCUUUUAUCAUAACGUUAAAUGUCGUACGGAGAUGUUGGACAGGGAUAUAACCCUGUUACAAAUUGGUGCCUCGCUUAUAGAAGGCAACGCAUUCUUGAUUCAUUUACUAAACAAAUUUGGUUUAUUAAAUUGGACUUCUCCCAACUUUGAUCACAACUCGCUAAGAACGAGUGAAGAUGACAGUAUGCGGCAGACGAUUAAUUUGAUUGAAGAGUUUCUUCAGUUAUUGAUUGUCAUUGUUGCUGAGCGACACGUGCCAGGUAUUAGUAACUGCACUGUUGAUGAGAAUAAAAAGGAGGUAAUUCAACACCUAUGCAUGAAACCACUGUCGCAUUCAGAGUUGAAUAAAACAAUUCCUGACGAUUUGACACAUGAAACAGGUCUUGAUGAUGUGAUCGGACAACUGGCGGAUUUUAAAAAGCCGACUAUUGGUAAUGGUAAAGGUGUUUAUGAGUUGAAGAACGAAUUGUAUGAGGAUUACAAUGUGUUUUAUUAUCAUUACACCCGUGAAGAAUUGUCGAAGUCCGAGGAAGCGCAACGCAAACGUCGAAAAACCGCAGGAGAGUUGGAAUGUGUUCCACCGCCAAAGCUACCAAAGCUCAAUCCUUCUUUUGACAUGCUUGUGAACCUCCUGCAAUGUGAUAUUAUGCUUCAUAUUCUACAAACCGUCCUCAUUACAUCACUCAACCUGCAAUCACGGGUAUUUUCUGAAUUACAACUGCACAAAGCUUUGCAUUUGAUCGGCUUUGCUCUACAAGAAGAAGAAUAAAACUAUCCGUUUUUGGAGUUUAGUGAGAAAGCAACCAGGUGGAAGCUUCCUUCAUUAUUGGAGGAGCUUAGUAACAGUCCACGGGUGGAAGCCCAGAACGGAUUGAUCCAGUGGACUAUUAACAAAUUUAAGCAAGUUAUGAAGGUUGAUGCGACGAUAUCAGCAUCAGUUGCAAAAUCUGAAGUUAUUGAUAAUGAAUCCCUGAAAGCCGAUGCGGAGAAGGAGCGGAGAGCUAAACUGGCAGCUGAGAGACGUGCGAAGAUAAUGGCACAAAUGCAAGCCCUGCAAAACAAUUUUAUGAAGGAAAACGCUUCUAUGUUUUCUGGCACUACAUCAGAAACAAGCAAAGAAGAAAUUAUGGAUACAUCCGAACCGGCUGAUAUGGUUCCCGUUGCACUUGGCUUGAAUCAAACGCAGAGGAUAAUAACAGAUGAUAAAAUGUACACUUGUAUACUCUGCCAAGAGGAACAGAAAGUCACCUUGGAUAAACAACCGAUGGUUUUAGCCGCCUUUGUUCAUCAGGCGACCGUUUUAUGCCAACAACGAAACUAUGAUUAUUUGCUCGAUCAUCAAGAUUCUUUAUACUUGAAUACUAAUCUAGGUCCCGCACCGCAUACGAGCACCUGUGGGCAUGUCAUGCAUCGUUCUUGUUGGCAAUCAUAUUACGACAACGUGGUUGUCAAAGAACAUCGUCGUCCUUACCGGUUCCGCAGUCCUGCAAGCUUCGACGUUGACAAACAAGAAUUUCUUUGCCCGCUGUGUGAAUGUUUAAGUAAUACGGUUCUAUUAUUAUUGCCAGCGUUAAGUUCCGUUCAGGAAGCACCUCCAAAGAGUGAAAUCAAUUUCGAGACGUGGUUAAGCUGCAUGGAGACAACCAUCAGCAAAAAGUUGAAAUUAUCCCAUGGCAAAUGCAAUAAUGAAUCUUGUGCGAAUCAUUCAUGCAACACUUGCACUUCGGAUGGUAACGCCGCACCCAGCGGUACAAACGAUGCACCAGAGUGCGACUUGAACUGCACUGUCCCUACCCACCAAGUGUACAAGCCAAUGUCAAAGGGACACCUUAUAGAUCAAUUGGGCGAUGACGUUAAAGAUUUCAUUACGUUAUUCCCGACCAAGUCACCGAACCUGGACGCGAGCCUAACCGAUAUGGUUCAAUUGUUCACACAGGUGACUUAUACACGUGGAUUGAACCUUUAUCCCCAUCCAACCGAUCGAAGAUUAACACCGAUGUCAUGGAAAUCUUGCGCGUAUACUAUUCACUCUAUUGAGACCAUCCUAAGGGAUAGUAACAAACCGUUGUUGAAUUUGUCGAGUAGACAUAGAGAUUGUCUUGAGAGUUUGGUACGUAUCCUAGGGGUGAUGGGUUCCGCUUUGCCCAAAAUCAGCGUGGUUAUUUCAAGUCAUGCAUUGUGUUUGCUAUCGAUGAUUUUUGAACAUCCCAGCGACGGUCCUUCAAUACUUGAUUGGGAUUCGUUUGGUUUGUUGGUGCCACUAACAUUUUCCUUGCCGAGUUUAUUCUGUAAAGAGGAACCCACCCCUGUUCCUACCGGCAGUACGCUCGAACAUCACACUCUGCGCUUAGUGUUUAUCAGUCACAUUGUAAAAAUUUUAAUCACUGGCGAGUUUAAGGCUUUCGAUGAAGAUAUGGAUGUUAAUUUUGAUGCCAAACCAGCACCUAGUGAGAAUAAUGAAGUCCUCGUGAAGAUUCUUCAAAUGCUUCGUCGUGAUGUUGGUAAAAUAUCAGCGACGCAGAUUUGGUCACAAGUUAAAGAUGCUUGUAUACCUUUCCUGAGAUGUUGUGUACUUUUGUAUCAUUUUAUGACUGAUGUGCCAGCACCGCCCGCAUUGUUGGAAACCGAUGGUGACACAUUUGAAAAUAUGUGUUCUUAUCUGGAUUUACCGACAUUGUCCUACGAUCUCUUCAAGUCAAAUCGAGUGAUGGACCAGGUUAAGAAAUGGUGUGAUCAUGAUGAAGUCCAGAAUUAUUGCGCUGGCACUGGUACCAUCAUAGCUAACAUUGUUCGGGAACCUUUGCCAAUCAAUAGUUUAGUCCAGUUACCACAGGAUUAUAGCGAGCUGAUCAAUACAGUCUCUUCAUUCACAUGUCCCAACAGUGAUCAAGAGGACUCCCGCAAUCCAACGAUGUGUUUAGUCUGCGGAGAAAUCUUAUGCUCGCAAAGUUACUGCUGUCAAACGGAAGUAAACAAGGUGAUUAUGGGCGCGUGUAAUUAUCACGCGCAUAAAUGUGGUGCAGGUAUUGGAAUAUUCUUACGGGUGAGAGAAUGCGAGAUUAUGUUCCUCGCUGCGCCUAGUCGAGGUUGCUUCGUGUCACCGCCUUAUCUGGAUGAUUAUGGCGAAACUGAUCCAGGAUUACGCCGUGGUAAUCCACUGCAUCUGUGCAAGGAGCGCUACAAGAAGCUGGAGUCGCAAUGGUUGAACCACAGCAUUUACGAGGAGAUCUCUCGGUCCAUGGAGGCAAACAAUUCGAUUAUGCCUACGCAAUGGCAGCACCUGUAGAUCAUCUUUUUUCCAACUGAUGUUGUACUUAUCAAUACGAUGCUUAUAUUGACACUCAAGCAAUGCAACCCCCAUAUGCAAAAUACCAAAAAGAAGAGUGAUGUAUAUUUUACUCGUAGCCUUAGUAGCACUGACGCAAGAAUUGCUUUAACAUUAACAAGUUUCAUCAUUUUUUCUGUAUUACUCUAUCACUGUUUGAUGCGUACGCGCACCUGGACAUUAUUUUAGGGAGAUUGUUUGCAACAAAUGCAAAUUUGGACAAAAGUGUAUCUUGAAUGUAACGAUGGAAAUGAAUGAUUUUGGAAAAGUGUAUAAUUAACUUGUAUAGAGUAUAUUAGAGUAUCUUUAGCGCAAUGCGUGUUACAGUUGAUAUAAAUAAUUAUUGUACAUAAUUUAGUUUUGAAUUGGUCGGGCGCCUUGGGUGCUGUGACACUACACAUGAAUCGGUGAAAUCUUUGUGGAUCAUUACAGAAGAGUGUGAAGGACAGGAUAAGAAAUUUAGUUUUUUUUCUCUUGGAUUUUAGUCACAAAAUCACUUGUUGAAUCUAAUAUUAAUAAACAGUUUACAACUUUC